AUGACGACUCCAAAUGACUUCAGCUACCACAACCACAGCUACUUCACAGACAAGUACUUCAUCUAUCACGAGACUUCAGCUCCGAAAACCACGUGUAUAUUCGGAGAAGAGUCAUACAACGAAGGAGAAACUGUGCCUCUCCUAUGUUAUCACAUAAUCUGCACGUCUGGUAUAUGGGUACAUACUGGUAUGGUAAACAAUAGAUGCAGGAAAGCCAGGGUGUACUGGGAUCCCCACGUCAAAACUUUCGACAACAAACACUACAAUUACCACAAACCUUGUAACUUUUCAUUGGUCCAACCUGGUUUGAUACAGACUCCUAAAUAUGGAGUUUAUGCUCAGUUUGCUGAGUGCAUAGGACUUGGUACCUGUAUUGAAAAAAUAGUAUUCAAGGACAAUAAUAAUACUGUAAUCACCAUCUCUGUGAGAAAUAAGGAAGAGCUUACCGUAUUUCUGAACGGCAAGGAGUUCCCCGUCAGCAGCGACACCCCCUCCUUCAUGGUCCAGGACGGCGUGCAGCAUCCCGUGCUCGCCUGGAGCCAGACGGGAUCCAACUCCAGACUUCUCUUCGCUGGCUCCAGUAACCUGGUGUUGGAAGUCUCGAAAAACCACGUGUUCUUGUGGCUGCAUCCGUCCCUCACAGAUCACUACGGCCUCUGUGGAACCAGCAACGGCGUGCAGGACGACGAGUUCACAACCCGCUCGGGAAAUGUGGUCAACUCCCUGACAUCUUUCGCUGACUCGUGGAUGACCGAUACACAGACUUCGCCCGAAUGCCUGACAAGCCAACGUUUCAAGAGAAAUAUCAUUCUUAAUGAAACUGGCCUGUGCACCUUGGGGAACGACACGCUCCUCGACCUCGAAGCCAUUUGCCGCCAAAAAGUCCCCGUCGUUCAGCACUCGGGCCAGGUUGUGGAGGCAGCCGAGGUCAAUGCUCUCAUGGAGGCUUGUACGUUUGACCUUUGCCUGCUGUACAGUAACACUGGCGGUAACAUGACGGCCAUUGAAGAGUACAUUGACACAGUCAUCGCUGAUGUUGUUGUAAGGAUUAUCGAGAUCGAAGCCGACUUGAUAGAUGUUGAAAGCCUCACGACUAUUGCGCCUCCGAACACGACGAUAGCCCGAGGCCGUCCAAAGAGGAGGCGCACAUACCUCAAGAUUGAACAAAAGGUCUAUCUUUAAGAACCAAGAGCAUCCUGAAGAUCGAGAAUGAUUUAACCCGAUGAUGGAUACAAGGAGAGAGCCUAAUACGAGGACCAGCUGUUUGGAUCCACUGAUCUGGAACGAUCAGCUGAUUUUAACUGAAUUCCCGGAUGUCUACAACAUAUUUUUUCUCCAUUCACC